CAUUGAAGUUGCGCCCGGGAAGAAACCAAAAGGAAACAAAAGAGAGAGAGAGAAAGAAAAGAAAACAGACCAGACCAGACCAGACCAGACCAGACCAACAACAUGGCGCCCCUCAUCACCACCGUCUACACGGCCGACCCGUCGGCCCACGUCUUCGAGGGCAAGGUGUACAUCUACCCGUCGCACGACCGCGAGACGGACAUCCAGUUCAACGACAACGGCGACCAGUACGACAUGGCCGACUACCACGUCUUCAGCACCGACUCCCUGAGCCCUCCCGGCCCCGUCACCGACCACGGCGUCGUCCUCCGUGCCGAGGACAUCCCCUGGGUGUCCAAGCAGCUGUGGGCCCCCGACGCGGCCCACAAGGACGGCAAGUACUACCUGUACUUCCCGGCGCGGGACAAGGAGGGCAUCUUCCGCAUCGGCGUCGCCGUCGGCGACAGGCCCGAGGGGCCGUUCGCGCCCGACCCGGAGCCCAUCCGCGGCAGCUUCAGCAUCGACCCGGCCACCUUCGUCGACGACGACGGCGAGGCGUACAUGUACUUUGGCGGCCUGUGGGGCGGCCAGCUGCAGUGCUACCAGGGCGGCAACGACAAGUUCGACGCCGCGUGGCAGGGGCCCAAGGAGCCGACGGGGGCCGGGGUCCCGGCCAUGGGGCCGCGGGCGGCGCGCAUGACGGCCGACAUGCGGCAGUUCGACGGCGAGGUCAGGGAGAUUGAGAUCCUGGACCCGGAGACGGGGGAGAAGAUCGCGGCCGACGACCAUGACCGGCGGUUCUUCGAGGCGGCGUGGGUGCACAAGCGGGAUGGGACAUACUACUUCAGCUACUCGACGGGUGACACGCACUUCCUCUGCUACGCCACCGGGUCCAGCCCGUUCGGGCCGUUCACCUACGGGGGCCGCAUCCUUGAGCCGGUGCUCGGGUGGACGACGCACCACUCGGUCGUCGAGUUCAAGGGGAGGUGGUACCUGUUCUACCACGACUGCGAGCUGAGCAAGGGCGUCGACCACCUGCGGUCCGUGAAGGUCAAGGAGAUCUUCUACGAUGACGCGGGGAAGAUUGUUACCACCAAGCCGGAGUAGCUGGCUUCCACUUCGAUGCUGGCGCGGUGCUAGCCGAAGAGGUAUGAGGUUAAAUGACGCGAUGAAUGUUGUGUAUAUCAAUGCAUCCCCAAAAGCAUAGACCCAGAUUCCCCUUGUAUAUGGUAUGGCCCAGGAAUUGAGACCCAGGAAACCA